UCUGUCGUCAGUGUGACCCUCCACGUGUUGACUGUUGACACAGGCAGAGUUUGGGCUGCCGCUCUGAUAACAAGGGCCUUUAUAAGUCAGAGGGGAGGAGAAGUCACUCCGCAGAAGCCCUGAUCGUCAGAAUGAUGAACAUGCAUCUAAAAGUCAUGAUCUUUGUCCUGUCAUUCUUGACAACUUCAGCAUUCCCUCUCAGGGAGAGCAGGGACGCAAACUGGACUGAUUUGAAGGCCAACCAGGCUCAUGAUAAGACGGACCUCACAAAGGAUGUGGACAAAGUCUACAAGAUCCACAUAGACAGCAGCGACCUUUACAGCCAAGACGACCACAGUGGAAACCCUGUGGCAGAAGAGAUGCAACGCAAGCUCAACAUGGAGUCAGAGCGUCUGCGUGUCCGUCUGCGCCAAGAGUUGGCCGAGCUGCAGCAGAGGCUGUCCUCAUCCCCGGCCCACCUCAGCUCCCCCCUGACCAGCAUGAGAGAGCGCCUGGCUCCCCUCACCCAGCAGCUCCAGAGCUCUCUCAGCAGCAGCACCCAAGACCUGUGCGGCCAGCUGAGACUCUAUCUGCAGGGCCUUGAGGCAGCAGAGGCCCAGACAGAGGCCGGUCCGGCUCUCUACCAGGAAGCCUUCCACUGGAUGAGCCAAUCCCUGGAGCACAGCAGCUCCAAGGUGGCCGACGUCAUCAGCGACUUCCAUACAAAAACUGUUGGGGAGAUUGAACACCUGAAAGAGAUGAGCGCUGGUGAGGAGGAGCUCUGGCAGGAAAUUAGCUCCAGGUUGGGACAAGAAGUGAGUUCUCUCAGAGUGGAGGCACAGAACAGGGUCGGGGCUCUCAAAGCUGAGCUUGCUGCCCUGCUGGAAACUGCACAGCCUCAUCAGGCUGACCUGACAGCCAGUAUGGAGCGGUUCUGCCAAAAUGCAGCUCUGCAGGGCCAAGUGUUUGAGGCCCGGAUGGAGAGGCUGUUUCAGGGUCUGGAGGAGGAGCUGGAGGUCAAGGGAGCCUCCAGCCUGUCUGCUCCUUCUUCUUCCUCUUCAUCUAUACAGCCAGGCGACUCUUUGCAGGAGGACUUCUCAGUUAAACUCUCGGCUCUGAUCGAAGACAUUCUGCACUCAGUGCAGUGAAAGAGACAAUUAAACUAACGUGAUUCUUCUCUAUGAAUUUGGCUUGUUGUUUGAAAUUGUCCCAGCAAAGUAAGUAGCGUGUAAAUAUUUUUGAAUGUAUGGUUUUGAUUGAUGUAUUUGUUUCAUUCUGUGUGUGAAUGAAUGUAUAAAUAAAUGUCAGUAUAUAUUUACUGAGCCAUGUAAAAAGAGGCUGCUCUUGGAGAGUAAAGUUGAUACAAAUGAUCAUUUUUUUUUAUGUCUUGAGAUUUUUUUCAGAAUAUGCAAUAUAAUUUAAAAUACAGAGUGCACCAACACCAGUGUGAUUUCAGACAUUUUAUUUAUAAAUCUGUACAAAAUAUAGAAAACAGGUUCGACUUUUAAACUGCAGAGUGUGAUGUGCUGGAAAAAAAUUAUGAUUAUGUACAAGAUACCGCAAAAAAACAACCAUUACAAAUGUAUAUAUAAAAUAUAUGAUAUAAAAUACAGUUUUUUAAUUGCUUCUGUAGUUUAUGUUUCCUUUUUACUGACCAUUAGGGGUUAACUGUUCCCUCACAACCAAUAAAUGACUGCCGAAUGCAGGUGUAGACAGAAAUAGUUACAUAAGACGCCAGUGUAUGUCCUUAGUUUCUACGGUCACCUAGUAAAGGGCCUUCGAUUAUCACUGAAAAAUCAGUGUCA